AUGAUUGCAAUGCUAUACUCAACAGGUCCUUCUGCAACUAUCAACUCAAGUCGUAUAGAUCUCCACCUUCCAAAAGAGACUCUCCAAGAUAAGAAUUUUUCUAUCCCAUCCUUAGUACCAAUGCCAUGGGCAUCUCACGGUGGAGACGAUGUAGGCGUCUAUGCAAAUGGUGCGUUUAGCCAACUCUUCCAUUCCACUGUGGAUAACACUUUUAUUGCGCAAGCUAUGAAAUUUGUCAUGUGUUUGGAACCUUUCGUAAAAGAAGCGCACUGCUCCUCCGCGACUAUUGGUCUUUCUACGGUUUCAAUUAUUGGCAUCCUCAUUGUCACCAUAUGUCGACUCUAA